GCAGUAGGGCUCAAGUCUCCGCUGGAAGACAGGAGUCACGAAAUGUUCCGCCUAAUGAUGUUGCUAGCGGGGCUCCGUGGCUUGCUAACGUCAAGACCCGCUCUUGGCAACCACCAUUCUACUUUCUGUCUCCAUGGAUUUGACUGCUCUAGUUUCCUCAUGUUUUCAAAAUUCAUUUCUACAAAUUAUAUUUCCAGAGAAAAUCCAAGCAAAUACAAGUGAUAAUUCAAAAGUAGAAAAUGAACAGGUAUCCUAUAUUAUUCCAAUAGAUGAGAAACCGUAUACCGUGCACCUUAGGCAAAGAUUUUUUUUAGCAGAUAAUUUCAUGGUUUAUUUGUAUAAUCAAGGAUCUGUGAAUUCUCAUUCUUCAAAUAUUCAGACUCAGUGCUACUACCAAGGAUAUAUCGAAGGAUAUCUGAACUCUGCUGCCACACUUAGCACGUGCUCUGGACUGAGAGGAAUAUUGCAGUUUGAAAAUCUUUCUUAUGGAAUUGAGCCUCUGGAAUCUGCAGUUGAAUUUCAGCAUCUUCUUUAUAAAUUAGGAAAUGAAAACAAUGAAUUUGCAGUUCUUACUAAAAAUAACCAAGACACAGAACAAAACCCAAUGGACUAUAAUAUUUUUAUAAGUGAAAAACCAGAAUCAGCUGUUCCAGAUUUAAUUCCUCUUUAUCUAGAAAUGCAUAUCGUGGUGGACAAAGUUUUGUAUGAUUACCUGGGCUCUGAUAGCAUGAUGGUAACAAAUAAAGUCAUCGAAAUUAUUGGCCUUGUAAAUUCGAUGUUUACGCCAUUUAAAAUUACUAUUGUGCUGUCAUCUUUGGAAUUGUGGUCAGAUAAAAAUAAGAUCUCUACUGUUGGUGAGGCAGAUGAAUUAUUGCAUGCAUUUUUAGAAUGGAAAAAGUCUUAUCUUACCCUAAGACCUCAUGAUAUUGCGUAUCUAUUCAUCUAUAGAGAUUAUCCAGAUUAUGUGGGAGCAGCAUUUCCUGGAAAGAUGUGUGUUACCAGUUAUUCUGCAGGAAUUGCUUUGUAUCCCAAGGGGAUAACUUUGGAGGCAUUUUCAAUUAUUGUCACCCAGAUGCUGGGACUCAGUCUGGGCAUAUCAUAUGAUGACCCAAGGAAAUGUCGAUGUUCAGGAGCCAUCUGCAUAAUGAGUCCAAAAGCCAUGCAAUCCAGCGGUGUGAAGACUUUUAGCAAUUGCAGUUUGAGUGACUUUGAAAAUUUCAUUUCAAAUAUGGGUGCCCGGUGUCUUCAGAAUAAGCCACAAAUGCAGAGGGCUCCGGCAUCAAUCUGUGGAAAUGGCAGAGUGGAGGGAAAUGAAAUCUGUGACUGUGGUACUGAGGAACAAUGUGGACCUGAUAGCUGUUGUAAUCCUCAAACUUGUGUGCUGAAACCAAAUACACAGUGUGAUAGAGGCUCAUGCUGCAACAACUGUCAACUUAUGCAAGCAGGUGCUGUAUGUAGGCCCAUUGCGCAUCCUGAAUGUGAUGUUCCUGAGGUUUGUAAUGGAAGCUCAGGAAGCUGUCCGGCUGAUAUAACUAUACACAAUGGACACAAAUGUAAAGGAGGAAAAGCUUUUUGUUUUGAUGGAGGCUGCCAAGAUCUUGAUGCACGUUGUGAGAGCAUAUAUGGAAAAGGUUCCAAAAAUGCUCCAUUUGCCUGCUAUGAAGAAAUACAGUCUCAAACUGAUAGGUUUGGGAACUGUGGUAGAGAAAGAAGCAAAUAUAAAUUUUGUGCAUGGAGGAAUCUUAUAUGUGGCAGAUUAAUUUGCACCUACCCCUUUCAAACUCCUUUCCUUCGAGACGGUGCUUCUGUGAUUUAUGCUUUUGUACGAAAUACUGUAUGUAUAACUAUGCACUACACAACGAAAGGUGGAGAAGAUCCAAUGGUGGUCAAAAAUGGCUCUAUUUGUGAUACUGGGAGGAUUUGUGUAAAUCGUGAAUGUGUAGAAUCAAGGAUACUUGCAGACAGAUCAUAUGAGUGUUCACUAAAGUGCAAUGGACAUGGAGUGUGCACUUCUGAGAUGACGUGCAACUGUUCUAGUGGCUACAGACCUCCAGAUUGCCAAGCGCUCUCCAGAAUACCUUCCAGAUUGCCUGGGGGACAGGGUUUAAUCAAGGAAAGAGGUUUUGAGAAGGCUGGGGAGAAGCAGUGGCUUUUGGGUACCUACAUUGCUUUACCUGUUCUCGUCGUAGCAACCAUAGUAGCUGUUUCAUGGAAGCCUUUGAAAAAGUGGUUCAGCAAGAAAGAGGAACCCCAAAGUAGCGAAUCAGAAGGCAGCACUCACAGAAAUGCUAGCAGGUAG